AUGGCCAGUCUGACUUCAUGUAAUUAUAUAUCAUCUUUAAAAUUUUAUAGUGGGGAAAUUGCAUGUUGGGCAUCAGCUCAUCGUCGAAAUGAAGAUCGUUCCGUUGUUCUCAGAGCCCGUGUUGGGCAAAAGUGCGAUUUUCGAGGAACCUUGAAGGAUAGCAUCAAUAGACUUGAGGCACUCAUAGGUCUCAGAAGUGGUGGACUCCCAGAGCCUCAUCAAAAAAAGAUUCAUGAAGAUAAAGUAGACUUGUGUGUAGCGAUGCGAGAUAUUUUAUAUACAUUCUUUAAAGAAAACUCAAAAGCGCCUAGCUCUGACGUACAUAGUACAUUUGUUUUUGGAAUACAUUCAUGGGGGUGGGUACAUAAUAUAUAUGGAAUGGAUUGUAAAGCGACGAAUGUGCUACGGCUUGGUAGAAUAUCUCAUGCCAGGAUGCCCAACACUCUAAAAACGCUGUCAGUUCUUGAAAGUUUUUAUGUACUUUUCACUGAUUUGCAGGCUACGUUGAAUACUAUUUGUGAACGCACAAAUAACAUCUCAGUUUCACAUUCACGUGCGCAUAGAAAUCGAAAAAGAAAGAAUUCAGAACAUGUUCGUGAGAAAGGAGGAUCAUUUGGAAAUCCUUCCCAAACUCCAGCAAAUAAGAAAAGUAGAAAAUAUGUGGGCCCCUGAUUAAAAAAUCGAUAAAUUUAGAUAUAAUAGAUAUUAGCAACCGUCAAAUUUAUCAUGAUAUAUCUUGUUAUAAGUAUAUCGCGUAAUAUUUUUUGUAUUGCAUUCAAAAAGCAUAAUGUAUUAAAAAAAAUAAUCAGUCUAUGACAAAAAAUAAUGCAUAUGUGCAAUGUACUUAAAGCUUGGAAUUCAUUUUAUGAGUCCCCAAUUCUCGAGAUAUUCAGGAAUAACAAUUUGGUUUUUGUAAUAUUAAACGUAGCUUAGGCUGAUUCGCAUAAUUCUUUCACAUAAUUCUUUCUUAAGUUAUCUUGUUGCUUGCUGUUUGAUAAAACUAUACUCAAUUAAAAAUUUUUCUCUAUAUUCCUUGCACAUCGAUUGAUUG